GCACACCCCCUGAAUGCCAUGGUUGGGUUAAGUUUGUGCCCUCUUAGUGCCAUCAACUUAGUGAGUUCAGAACACUUUACUCAGACUGUAUCGGGGACAAACAGAUCAACCAGCUUGAGGGAAAAUGGACCAAAUGGAGGAAUCCCAGGCUGAGUCAGUCCUUGAUGGUUGGGAUUGUCAAGAAGGGCAGAUGCAGGUCUGUACUGUUUUUCUUGUGCUUAUAGAGGCAGAGCCCACAACGAAGUUAUAACACUUUCCUGCCUCCAAUGCUUUCUACCAGGCACUGUUCCCGCUGUGCCUCUUCCCCUGCUCAUCUGCUCUUUACGCUUGCUUCCAAGCUCAGCUCCAGUCCUGCCUCCUUCUGCAAAUAUUUCCUGGUGACCCAUUUUAUUGAUUUGGCUCUCAUCUUAACAAGACUGUUACAUCUUCAUACCUUCACCUGGAAGUCAGCACUUUGGUUUUUAUUGUUGCUAUUAUAUCUCUUAUUAGAUAUAUGGCCCAAUCUUCAAACUAAAUACAAAGGCAUGAAGAAAGAAGCUGUAUGUACAGUAGCUCUUCAAUCAACCUGUAUCAAAGGGGAAAAAACAGGAAUAUCAUGAAGCAGUGCUGACUUUAAUAAUUGUGUGUGGUUACGUAAACACUCUGUGAAAAGAAACUCACGGCUAUCCAAGAGUGGCUGCUAUGGAACAGGCGGAGGCCCAGCUCUCUGAGCUGGAUCUGCUGGUCAGUAUGUUCCCUGGUGAAAAUGAGCUCAUAGUGAAUGACCAGCUGGCUUUGGCAGAACUGAAAGACUGCAUUGAAAAGAGAACAAUGGAGGGGCGAUCUUCAAACGUUUACUUUACUAUCAAUUUGAACCUGGAUGUACAUGAAGAAGCAAUGGCAGUGUUUUCUCUGGCUUGUGUUCUUCCCUUUAAAUACCCUGCGGUUCUGCCUGAAAUUACAGUCAGAUCAGUGCUAUUAAGUAGAUCACAGCAGACUCAAUUGAACAUGGAUCUGACUGCAUACCUACAAAAGAAUUGCCUUGGAGAUGUCUGUGUGUUGAAUGCCACGGAGUGGGUUAGAGAACAUGCCUCUGGCUACAUUACCAGAGAUGUUCCAUCUCCUUCUACCACCGGAAGCACAGUACAGUCUGUCGAUCUAAUUCUCACAAGACUUUGGAUUUAUAGCCAUCACAUCUACAACAAAUACAAGAGGAAGAAUAUUCUAGAGUGGGCAAAGGAGCUUUCCCUGUCUGGGUUUAGCAUGCCUGGAAAACCUGGCGUUGUUUGUGUAGAAGGCUCGCAAAGUGCCUGCGAAGAAUUCUGGUCAAGACUCAGAAAGUUAAACUGGAAAAGGAUCUUAAUUCGCCAUCGAGAAGACACUCCUUUUGAUGGUACGAAUGAUGAAAUGCAAAGGCAAAGGAAAUUUUCCAUUUUUGAAGAGAAAGUGUUCAAUGUUAGUGGAGCCAGAGGAAACCAUAUGGACUUUGGGCAGCUCUUUCAGUUCUUAAAUGCCAAAGGCUGUGGAGAUGUCUUCCAGAUGUUCUUUGGUGUAGAAGGACAGUAACUGAGCAAAACAGUGAUUGCGAAUAGUUUAUUACUACUGGCCUUUUGAUUGUUUCCCACUGUUUACUGAUAGUCCCACUGUAAUUUAAUCACAGUUCUAUUGUAGAAUGUUGAAGGGAAGAAAACCAAACAAAAACAUCAGUAUAGCUGAAAUACAUUUGUUAAAAAUGUCAUGAUUGAGAGUGGGUGAUCAUCCUAGCAACUGAGAUGACCGGAUCUCACAUGAACUGCCUGGGUUACAGUCCCAGCUCGGGCUCCUGCUGCAGCUUGCCACCGGCGCUGACUCCAGAGGGCAGUGGUUAAGGCUCAGGCAGUGGGUUCCUGCCCCUCCUGGAUACACUCCCAUCUUUCCACCGGCGCUGACUCCAGAGG